AUCCUCUCAACCUACAGACCCAGUGAGCCCUAGGCCCUCACCCCAGACCCAGCUGCUGGAUAGGACCCAGCCCCGCUCCCAGAGACAAUGACCAUUUUUGAAAAUGUCACCCGGGCCCUGGCCAGACAGCUAAACCCUCGAGGGGACCUGACACCACUUGACAGCCUCAUCGACUUCAAGCGCUUCCAUCCCUUCUGCCUGGUGCUGAGGAAGAGGAAGAGCACACUCUUCUGGGGGGCCCGGUACGUCCGCACCGACUACACACUGCUGGAUGUCCUUGAGCCCGGCAGCUCACCUUCAGACCCAACAGACACUGGGAAUUUUGGCUUUAAGAAUAUGCUGGACACCCGAGUGGAGGGAGAUGUGGAUGUACCAAAGACGGUGAAGGUGAAGGGAACGGCAGGGCUCUCGCAGAACAGCACUCUGGAGGUCCAGACACUCAGUGUGGCUCCCAAGGCCCUGGAGACCUUGCAGGAGAGGAAGCUGGCAGCAGACCACCCAUUCCUGAAGGAGAUGCAAGAUCAAGGGGAGAACCUGUAUGUGGUGAUGGAGGUGGUGGAGACGGUGCAGGAGGUCACACUGGAGCGAGCCGGCAAGGCAGAGGCCUGCUUCUCCCUCCCCUUCUUCGCCCCAUUGGGGCUACAGGGAUCCAUAAAUCACAAGGAGGCUGUAACCAUCCCCAAGGGCUGCGUCCUGGCCUUUCAAGUGAGACAGCUGAUGGUCAAAGGCAAAGAUGAGUGGGAUAUUCCACAUAUCUGCAAUGAUAACAUGCAAACCUUCCCUCCUGGAGAAAAGUCAGGAGAGGAGAAGGUCAUCCUUAUCCAGGCAUCUGAUGUUGGGGACGUACACGAAGGCUUCAGGACACUAAAAGAAGAAGUUCAGAGAGAGACCCAACAAGUGGAGAAGCUGAGCCGAGUAGGGCAAAGCUCCCUGCUCAGCUCCCUCAGCAAACUUCUAGGGAAGAAAAAGGAGCUACAAGACCUUGAGCUCGCACUUGAAGGGGCUCUAGACAAGGGACAUGAAGUGACUCUGGAGGCACUCCCAAAAGAUGUCCUGCUAUCAAAGGAGGCCAUGGGCGCCAUCCUCUAUUUCGUUGGAGCCCUAACAGAGCUAAGUGAAGCCCAACAGAAGCUGCUGGUGAAAUCCAUGGAGAAAAAGAUCCUACCCGUGCAGCUAAAGCUGGUGGAGAGCACGAUGGAACAGAACUUCCUGCUGGAUAAAGAGGGUGUUUUCCCCCUGCAACCUGAGCUGCUCUCCUCCCUUGGGGACGAGGAGCUGACCCUCACGGAGGCUCUAGUCGGGCUGAGUGGCCUGGAAGUGCAGAGAUCGGGCCCCCAAUAUAUGUGGGACCCAGACACCCUCCCUCGCCUCUGUGCUCUUUAUGCGGGCCUCUCUCUCCUUCAGCAGCUGACCAAGGCCUCCUAAUUUGCCUUUUACGUCUGCUUCAUGACUCCUUAAUGCCUUCCCAACCUCGUGGUGCUGUGUCCUUACCACCUAAGGGCAUUUCAGAGCCAUCAGCUGAAGACGUCUGAAAUCUCAGCUGGUCACCCAUGAUAACCAACUUCCACCUGCCCAACCAUAUAUCACCCCCUACCCCUCCAGCUCCGCAACCCACUAAGCCCAUCUGCUGAUGCUUAAAUUUUCUUUACUUUUCUUUUUUUUUUUUUUUUUUUUUUUUUUUUUGAGAUGGAGGCUCACUCUGUCACCCAGGCUGGAGUGCAGUGGCUUGAUCUUGGCUCACUGCAACCUCCGCCUCCCAGGUUCAAGCAAUUCUCCUGCCUCAGCCUCUCGAGCAGCUGGAAUUACAGGCAUGCGCCACGACACCCAGCUAAUUUUUGUAUUUUUAGUAGAGACGGGGUUUCACCAUGUUGCCCAGGUUGGUCUCGAACUCCUGGCCUCAAGUGAUCUGCCCGCCUCGGCCUCCCAAAGUGCUGGGAUUACAGGCGUGAGCCACCGUGCCCGGCCUAUGCUUAAAUAUUCUAGGAGUAGAAGCACUCAGACUUUUAAAACUAUGAGCCGUUUCAGCAAAACUGAGAAAAAAAAAAGAUUAAUUAAUUUCCUAUCCUAAUCCCUCCUACUUAUACUUCCCCAAAAAACAAGCUUUACUGGAAUUAAUGGAAAAUAUUAUGUCAAUCUUAGGAAUGAUAUGUCUUUUGGUGUUUUUCUUUAAAGAAUUUAUCAUACAGAAAUUCUUAAUUUGUGCCAGAAAAAGAAA